AUGGCCGCGGCCGCGUACAACAACCAGCGCAACCAGCAGACGUUCAACAACAGAUUCCCAUUUUCGAAGAGCAAAGGACGUCAACAACGAUCAAAUGAAGUGGAAGAGCAGAUCGGCCCGACGGAUAGGCAAGCAGGCCAGGGCACCGGCUUCUUCCUCGAUACGAACCUGAGCGACAUGGAAGGCAUCCUAACCAAGCCUCCAAUGCUGACGCCCAUGGAUACUACCUUUGUCACGAAUAUCCCCGACAAAGUCGACGUGGCUCCUCCGGUGCCGCAGAAGAAUGACGCCUUCCCAGGAGGGCCCAAUGGCUCCUGGAAUGCACCGGACAGUUGGGCUGUCCGUCGUAAUACAGAGGACACGACUUACCAACCCCCGGAUCUCGACGACAUCGGCAGUCCGCCUCGCCCCGAAGAAAAGAUGACACCCUACUGCAUCCGAAUUUUCAGAUCCGACGGCACCUUCGCGACCCUCUCCAUGGCUUUGGAUGCCAGUGUCACCGAUGUCGUUUCUAUGCUUAUUAAGAAAACGUAUGCCACGGACGGCCUGGAGAAUUACCACAUCAUCCUGAAGAAGCACGACCAAAUUCGUGUCCUCGCUGCACCUGAGCGACCGCUUUUGAUGCAGAAGAGGCUGUUGCAGCAAAUCGGUUAUGAAGAACGAGACAGGAUUGAGGAUGUGGGCCGUGAAGACAACAGCUACCUUUGCCGCUUCAUGUUCUUAUCGUCGAGAGAGAGCGACUUCCACUCGGUUACCAACGACCUCGGCCUCGGACGCAUACAAAAGUUCAAUCACGUUGACUUAUCCGGACGCAACCUCAUCACAAUCCCUAUCUCGCUCUACUCUAAGGCUUCAGAGAUCAUUUCACUGAACCUAUCUCGCAAUCUGUCAUUAGACCUUCCUAGAGACUUUAUCCAGUCAUGUCAAAACUUGAGAGACAUCAAGUUCAACAACAAUGAAGCCCGCAGACUACCCCCGAGUCUUGGAAAGGCUGCCAGACUGACAUAUCUGGACGUCUCGAACAACCGGCUCGAGCAGUUGGAUCAUGCGGAGCUGCAUGGGCUACAUGGCAUUCUCAAGUUGAACUUGGCCAACAAUCGUCUCAAGGCUCUUCCCCAAUACUUUGGCGCCUACAGGUCGCUGCGAAACCUCAACAUAUCUUCCAACUUUCUGGAAAAGUUUCCCCUCUUUCUUUGUGAGGUGGAAAGCAUGGUGGAGCUGGACCUCAGCUUCAACACAAUUAGCAGCCUGCCCAAUGAGAUUGGCAAGCUCCGAAACCUGGAAAAGUUUGUCAUUACCAACAACAGACUAUCGAACUCUUUACCCGAUUCCUUCCGUCAACUACCCAGCCUUCGAGAACUGGACAUCAAGUACAACGCUAUUACUAGUAUCGACGUUAUCGCCGCACUGCCCAAGCUCGAGAUUCUUUCCGCGGAUCACAACAAUAUUUCUCAGUUCAUCGGCUCGUUCGAGAGGAUCAGAAGCCUCAAACUCAACUCGAACCCCAUUACUAAGUUCGAGAUUAUCGAACCGGUCUUGACUUUGAAGAUGCUCAACCUUUCCCAUUGUCAGCUGGCAAGCAUCGACGAAACCUUCAACAUGAUGUUGAAUCUGGAGCGUCUCGUCUUGGACAAGAACUAUUUUGUGUCCUUGCCUGCACACAUCGGAAACCUCAGCCGACUGGAGCAUUUCAGCAUCGCCAACAACAACGUGGCUGAACUGCCAACCUCGAUUGGAUGUCUCACUGAACUCCGGGUACUGGACGUAAGAAGAAACAACAUUCGCAAGUUGCCAAUGGAGCUUUGGUGGGCGAAUAAGCUCGAGACGUUGAAUGCGUCUUCCAACAUCCUGGAGAACUUCCCCAAGCCUGCCUCACGAGCACCUCGAGCCGCAGGCGAGGAAGCCCAAACCCCUGCUGCUAUGAAUAAACCCAAUCCUAUGAACAGUCUCCCUCAGCUACCUAUUGAGGAGGUUCCAGAUUCUAGGAGGCCGAGCGGGAACUCCUCAUCAACCUUGCUUAGCGUCGGACCUUCUCCAGUGCCCGGCGGUGCAGAUAGGAAAAGUUCGGUCGUGUCAGUCUACGGCAAAGGCGGCAGAAAAACAUCGGUGGUAUCUAGAUCGACGUCUCAAGGCACGGUUCAGACGAUGACGCCGCCAUCUGUGAGGAAAGACUCGACUUUGACAUCAAGGCUCUACACAACUUUCGCCGGUUCUUUGCGAAACCUUUACCUGGCAGAGAACAAGCUUGAUGACGAGGUUUUCGACCAGAUCACCAUGCUCAACGAAUUGCGCGUGCUCAACUUGUCGUGGAAUUAUAUUAAUGAUAUGCCACAACGAUCAAUCAAGAGCUGGCCGCAAAUGGUGGAGCUUUAUCUGUCUGGUAACGAGUUGACAACCUUACCGGCCGACGACCUCGAGGAUGCCAGUCUUCUGCAGGUAUUGCACAUCAACGGAAACAAGUUCACCAAUCUGCCAGCCGACAUUUCCAGAGCUAAGAAGCUGGCGGUGUUGGAUUGUGGCAGCAAUUCCUUGAAGUACAACAUUUCCAACGUUCCCUACGAUUGGAACUGGAACCUGAACCCCAAUCUGAGGUACCUCAACUUGUCAGGGAACAAGCGCCUGGAGAUCAAGGCGGCCAAUCCUCCCUCCACCGCCUCCAACCGCGACGAUUCACUCGCUGACUUCAGCCGCUUGCUCAAUUUGAGAGUUCUGGGUCUCAUGGAUGUCACGCUCACACAACCCACGAUUCCCGAUCAAAGCGAAGACCGCCGUGUGCGAACGUCCGGAUCUCUUGCUGGACACUUGCCGUACGGUAUGGCCGACACCCUGGGCAAGAAUGAGCAUCUCUCGACGAUUGAUCUCGUCGUGCCUCGCUUCAAUUCAUCAGAGACUGAGACGCUACUGGGUCUCUUUGACGGCCAAGCCCUCUCCAGCGGCGGUUCCAAGAUUGCCAAGUACCUUCACGAGAACUUUGGUCACAUCUUCAGCAUGGAGUUGAAGGGCCUCAAGACACGUCUUAACGAGACCCCUGUUGAUGCUCUCAGACGUGCUUUCCUGUCACUGAACAAAGACCUUGUCACCGUUGCGAUACAGCACAACGAGGAGCGCUCUCAGAAGGUGCAUAGGGGCUCUGCGCAGCCGGUUGUGCUCAGUAAGGAGGACCUUAACUCUGGCGGCGUUGCGACCGUGGUGUACCUUCAGAACACAGAGCUCUUCGUAGCGAACGUCGGCGACGCCCAGGCCAUGCUUAUCCAGACGGACGGCUCCCAUAAGAUUCUCACCAAAAAACACGAUCCCGCGGAACCUACCGAGCGUCAACGUAUCCGCGAAGCUGGCGGUUGGGUAUCUCGUAAUGGCAGACUAAACGACUUGCUGGAAGUCUCUCGAGCUUUUGGCUACGUCGAGCUCAUGCCAUCCGUUCAGGCAGCCCCCUACGUCAGCAGCAUUACCAUUCGAGAGCAAGACGACAUCAUCUUGAUCGCCACCAGAGAGUUUUGGGAGUACUUGGACCCCGCGUUGGUCGUCGACUUUGCUAGGCAAGAACGCGGCGAUCUUAUGCGGGCAUCGCAGAAGCUUCGUGAUCUCGCAAUCGCCUAUGGCGCCACCAACAAGAUCAUGGUCAUGAUGAUGAGCGUGUCUGACUUGAAGAGGAGAGUCGAACGAUCCAGACUUCAUCGUGGGCAGAGCAUGUCUCUGUAUCCCUCAGGUGUUCCCAACGAUCUACAGCAGCUUCCGCGUCGUGGCAAGAGGAACAAGGGCGACGUGCUGGACUCAACAUUGCAGCGACUCGAAGCCGAGAUUCCAGCGCCUACUGGCAACGUGUCUAUCGCAUUUACCGAUAUCAAGAACUCUACCACAUUGUGGGAGAUGUACCCAGCUGCGAUGAGAUCCGCCAUCAAGCUGCACAACGAGGUAAUGCGCAGGCAAUUGCGAAGAAUUGGCGGUUACGAGGUCAAGACUGAAGGAGAUGCCUUCAUGGUGUCAUUCCCGACGGCCACUUCGGCACUAUUGUGGUGUUUUGCGGUCCAGAUGUCGCUGUUGGAUGUCAACUGGCCUUCCGAGGUCCUCAACUCCGUCUCUUGUCAAGCACUCUAUGACAAAGACAACGCCUUGAUCUUCAAGGGUCUUUCCGUUCGCAUGGGUAUUCACUACGGCGAGGCCGUCAGCGAGAUGGACCCCGUCACCAGGCGUAUGGACUACUUCGGACCCAUGGUGAACAAAGCGUCCCGUAUCUCGUCGGUUGCUGAUGGAGGCCAAAUCACUGUUUCGUCCGACUUCAUUUCGGAGAUCCAACGUUGUCUAGAGAGCUACCAAGACACGGACAGGAAUGCCUCGACAGGUUCUGAAGACACGUUUGAUGAUGACCAGGGCUUUGCUACUACGAUACGCAAGGACUUACGGUCUCUCAGCUCCCAGGGUUUCGAGGUGAAGGAGAUGGGAGAGAAGAAGUUGAAGGGUCUUGAAAACCCGGAAGUGGUGUACUCGCUCUACCCACACGCUCUUGCGGGACGCAUCGAUCACCACCAGCAACAAGAGACUCGCGUCGAGGUUGAUAAGCCCGCUAUCUUGCAGGCUGGCAGCGAGUUGGCGUUCGACACUGAGUCCAUUUGGGCUCUGUGGCGCGUCAGCUUGAGACUGGAGAUGCUGUGCAGCUCGCUGGAGAACGUGUCUGGCCGUGGCUUGCAACCUCCCGAGACGGAGCUUUUGGAGAGGAUGAAGCACCGGGGAGGUGAGGUGACGGAGCGAUUCCUGCUCAACUUCAUGGAGCACCAAGUGAGCAGGAUAGAGACUUGCGUCACUUCACUGUCACUUCGUCACAUUGCUAUUGGCUGUGCCCCUCUGGAACAGCUAGAGGAUAUGCGGGCGCCCAUUAGCGAUAUUCUCGAUCAGGUCGCCAAGCAGAUGGCCGAGCUAGCGAGAUACAAGGCCCUCUACGGCGAAUUGAGCGACUCAGACCACGGUAGCGACACGGAGCAAGAGUAA